UUUGCGCAUCUGCUGUUAAGGGAACUCGCGAGACAGUUAAACGAAGGCAACGGUCGUGAGCACAUCGCGUAGCGAAUGGAAGUGCGCAUCCUUGACGAACAUUUUUUUACACGCCGACACAUCGCACAUCGUAUUCCGUUCGGAAGAAAUUUAAUUUUCUUAAUUUUAUAUCACAAUUAUAUUUAAAUUUAAAAUUUAUUAUUAAACUUUGAUCAAAAAAUUAUAAACGCAUUCUUGAAUACGUGUGAUUGCUAAAAGUACAUCAUUACAGACGAGACAUUUGAUUUUUAUUUAAUUACAUUGUUCUCUGAAGAAGGCGAGUGAUCGAUUAAAAACUGGUGUGUGGAGUAAUGCAAUUUAUUUAAACUGUUAAGAUAAAAGAACAAGGAAAGUAACUCUUCCCGAUGUGUUGAAACGUUUUUGCGCUCAAAGAUGUGUAAAAAGAAUUACAGAUCAAUAUACGAAAUUGAUUCGCCACCGAUGCAAAUAGUGAAUUUUGCAUUGGAAACUUGGCGGGCUCCCAUUUAUGUCAGUAGCAUGCUGGUAAUACUCAUCAAUCGAUCUUAGAUUCUGGUGAUUCUGGAGUUUUUUUUUCUUUCUUUUAAUUCUUGGAACGUAUAACACUGCUUAGAAGAUUCGCCAAUUUGUGCGUGUUUGUGAUUGGAAGAAAGAUUAUCAGCAAUAACAGUGUGACUCAUCAGUGCUUUAAUAAUUUCUUCUAGAAAUCUUGAAGAUCUGACAUUUCUGUGAUCACUUCUUAAUAUUCAACAGAAGUUAUCGCGAAAAGUUCAACUCAUAAUUUUUCAUCGAUAAAAAGUGCCAAACAAAAUUGUCGUGCAUAAUAUUUAGUUUUUAAAGAACGUUUUACUUUCAAAUCGCAAUAGUCCGCAGAAAUUCACGAGGAAGUCCUUCAAAUCUUGUUAAACGUACUGCUUGUUUAGCUAAUAACGUCUCAGACUUGACCACUUGACUCUCAAUUUAUCUCUGCGAUUUAAUGCCAGAUUUACUCGUUUGAAUCAAACUCAAAUAGUUCAACCUAAUUAUUUUCUUAAUCAUUUACAAGCUUUUAUCUACAAGUAUCUUUACACCCAUCGCGAAGACUGCAUCGUAAAAAAUAUUUCGUCUAUUCUUCCGCUUUAUCGAAAAAGCGAGAGAAGAUACACAUCGUUCGAUGAGAUAGCCGCGAACAGCAAUCAUGUCUCAGCCACCUGCAUCGGUACCAGUGCAUUGCUACACGAAUCCAUCGUUCUGUCGUCAAUCAGAGUACAUCCCGGACGAUCAUGUUAACGACCUGCCGCCGCCGCCGCAGCAGUUUCAAGGAAGCGACGAUUUACCGCCGCCUCCGCCGCCGUUGCAAUUGCAAUGUCACGCCGCGGGUCAGAGCAAUCCGGCCUUCCAAGCCCCACCAGAGACGACGUUGGACGUCCGCGAGUCGCGAGACCGGUAUUGUUAUCUGGAGAGUAACAGGGCCCCCACGCACCGGAGAUACGCCAGUCUUCCGGUGGAGGAAGCUCGCGUGACUUACAGCCAGUCCUCGCGAUACGAAUACAUAGAGGACGAGGCGGAGAGGAGCCAGUUGACGCGCAGGAACUCGUCGAGGUACGAGUUCAUUCCACACCAGCAGGUGCAACAGUGUUCCGCGCCGGCGACCAACCAAGACGAUCGAGGAGGGCUGCAGACACGAACGUGUCGCAGCAAUGCCGGUAGAUAUGCUCUUAUACCGGGUGAUCAAGAUUACCAAGAAGACCGACCGCAGUGGAGUAAUGCGAAAUCGACGCCACGGCAUAUCAAUACUCCGCAAGGUCGUUACAUCAGAGUGCCUAUGCAAGAAGAAAUUCCACCGGCACUUCCCGAGAGAAAUAUGCAAGAGUUCUCGGUGUCGCCGAAGAAUAACUUAGCUACGCAGAAAUUACACGAAAUAUUGUCAACGCCUAGAAAACCAAGAUCUAAAUCCGAAGAGAGGACACUAUCGCCAAAGAGACAACAAUCAUUCAAUCAAACCAGCACACCGCAACGAAGGGCACUAACUCCUGGCGGAUCGCCAAAUGGUCGCACCUUCAGUCCGACGCGCACAACUCCUCAAGGCACACCUCAACGAGCCUUCUCGCCGACGGGCCCUCAGACUUCGACGCCUAACAAGGAAUCAUCAGCUCGCAGAUGUCUUCCUCUGCUAGAAAAUUCGUCUCGGCAGCAGGACCUUUGUCCAGCCAGCAACUGUGGCCGGCUUCGUUACGUUGGUACAGCUCCAGUCGAUUUAAUAAACAUGAAUCAUGAACCACCACCUCGCUACGCUUACACGGAAAGCACUCUCGAGUCAAUGCCGAUGAUGUCCGGCUCGCCCAAGUAUCAGGUGGUGCCCGCUGAACAGAAGAACUACCAAAGCGUAGAAAGCGCGUUUAUGGCUCGAACUGCCGUCGUACCACCAUUGUCUCCACCGAAUAGCGACGCGAAUACGACUAUGGCGAGCGGCAUGGAAAAGAGUGACAGAAAGAGUGCACCGAUACUUUUGAUAUUAGUCGGUCUCCUUACGUGCGGUCUUGCUCUAUAUCUAUCCUGGUCCCAAGGAAGAAGAUACUACUUCGACAGUGCAGUCGGUUGCGGUGCCUGCUGCGCUCUAGCAGGUGCAUGCAGAAGUCUGCGAAGGACCUGGACAGGACUCGGCUUAGCUGGACUGUCAGCAUUGAGCUGUGCUGGUCUUUUGCUGCUUGCAGCUAAGUCCCCGAAGGAUGGCACACCUCUUCAUGAUGUCACGGCUGGCGCCCUGUGCGGCGUAUCGGUUUUAGGCGCUGGUUUAGCCUUGUUAGCUCUUUUAAAGCCAAAAUGCAAUCUCGGACGUCAUAGACGAGUGCAUUCUUGGAUACCACGGUUCUCCCCUUAGAUUCUAUGCUAUUCUAAUGACCGUAUACAUAACGAUAUUUACAAUUACUUUAGAAUUAUCCUUACAAAGGGAGGUAUGUAAAAAUGCUACUAUAAGAUAAUUGAAGUACAUAUAAUAAACAUUCUUGCCACAAUGUCGAAAAAUUAUAUUUUAUUUUAAAUAUAAAUGUUAAAUAAAGUAAGUUGUGCAAAAAGUAUCUAUUAAAUCAUUUUUAUACUUUAGAAAAUUGUGCUGCAAAUAAAAAAUAUAUGACAUUUUUUCAAAUGA